GAUGAGAAGCAAAGAAACCCUAAUGGUGCAAAGAAAGCUGCCAUCAGAGCUGGAAGAAGAAAUACUCAUCCGGGUUCCACCUUCAUCUCUCGCUCGCUUCAGAGCCGUUUGCAAAGAAUGGAACGUUCUUUUCAGCGAUAAGAGAUUCGCCAACAACCAGUUGGCUUGUGCUCGACCAGAAUUCAUGUUACAAACCGAUUCCAAUGUUUUCUCCAUAAGCGUCAAUCUUAAUGACGAUCCAACUCUACAAGUGCGUAAGUUAACCAUUGAUUUUCCCGGUUUUCACUAUUGUAACUGCGAUGGGUACUUCGUUUUAUAUGACUUACUUCAUAAUAGAGCCGCGGUUUCGAACCCGUGGUUGAGACAGACUAAACGUAUUGGUUGUGCCUUGGAUGAACCAUUCACUUUAUGUGGCAUGGGUUACGAUAGUAGUAGACCUGAAAAGAGUUACAAGAUUUUUGGGUUUAAGUAUUGUCGUUUGAAUGAGCUUCAAUCGACGUACUACCAAAGAUUUGCCAUAUUCGAAUUUGAAACCAACGCGUGGAAGUUUAUUGACCAUGCCAACAACCUAGAAAAUUCAACUAGAGAACAAUGGUGGUGUUAUGGUAAUGUGUCAUUGAAUGGAAAUUUGUUUUCGACAGCUUAUGAUUUCGAAACUGGUCAGUAUAUCAUCAGAAUCUUCGAUUUUUCCAAAGAGAUAGUGAAGCCCUUUUGUAUUCUACCGUGUGAGAAGAAAGAUUCAAACCAAACUCAUGCCCUUGCGGUUUACAAGGGAGAUCGAUUUUCGUUGUUAGAACAAUGCUAUAAAACGAGCAAGAUUGAGAUUUGGGUUACAAAGAAGAAAAUUAGUAAUGGGGAUGAUGGAGACAAUGUGGUGUGGAUUAAGUUCAUGACUGUCUCAAUACCUAACUUCCCCAGGUUUUAUCACACGUUUUCGAGAUACAUGGUCGAUAAUAAUAUCUGUGGAAAGACCUUCGUCAUGUGUUGUCCCGAUGACAAAACUAGACGGGCUUGGGUCUAUGUUGUGAGGGGAGAUCUUUGCAAGAAGAUUAAAAUAGAUCAUUAUUUGGUUGAUGGGUCCUGCAGUUUGUGCUGUGUUUAUGUUCCUAGUUUGAUGCCCAUUACUUAAUAUGAAGAGAACAAGAAGAAUUUACAAGUUUAAUCUUAUUACGUUGUGGCUUUCUUAUUCUUUUGUUUUUCUAUCUCUUAAGUCCAAACUCAUUAUCAAACAAAACCAACUUCCUGUUUGUUGUCGUUAUAUUUGAGGAGGGAGAUAUGUGACUGAAAAACCUGAACCACUUUUUUGGAGUCUGUUUUCAUGACACAAAGUGUACCUGCUUUCGGGAAAAGCCGGUCCACAGUUUCUGGAGGGAUCCUAGAGAGUUCUGUAGGAUACAAAGUGUAAAUCCGU